UUUCUGUAAGUGUGGUCUUCAACAAAGCUUGCUUGAGAGAUCACAAUCACCGCUGACUACUCUGGAAGGACUCUCCGUCAAAUCUGCUGUUUUAAUGAACAUCAAAAAACGCGUUUUGCUCGUUUUUUGACUGGAUAGUUUAGAAGAAAUCGAGCUGCGCCGGUCCGCUGUUCACUAACAGGCAGAAAGUAACAGGGCAGGCAUGAACAUUGCACAUCUUUCUCUGGAAAUGCAUCAGUUCCGCCGGUCUGCCUCGUGACUCCAGCAGCGACCGAGAGCCGAAGGACCGCGGCGCUGACAGCAGAUGAACCCGGGCCCCCGUCCGCUCCGGUCCGCUCCCUGAAGCGCUGAUGCUCGCCUGGAUCCGGAGGACCAGAGGCAGCUGCACUGGGAGGCGCUGAAAUGAGAUGAGGCUCAGACAUGGAACUGUUGCCACUGCGAUUGUUUUCUUCACGUCGUUUCUCAGUCUGUCCUGGUACACGGCUUGGCAGAAUGGCAAAGAGAAGUUGGUAGCCUAUCAGAGGGAGUUUCACGCCCUGAGGGAGCGUCUGCGUGCGGCGGAGCACCGAACCCUCCAGCGCUCCUCUGAGCUCAACUCAAUCCUCGAGCAGUUCAGACGGGCCAUCGCAGAGACCAACGGCAGCAAAGAUGCUCUCUCCAACUUCUCAGAUGAGACACAGAAGCUGCUGAAGGAGUUGGCUCACAGGAAGCCCCUCCAGGUGCCAAAUAUCUACCACCAUCUGCCUCAUUUGCUCAACAAUGAAGGCAGCCUGCACCCUGCCGUACAGGUGGGCCAGGGACGUACCGGAGUUUCCAUGGUGAUGGGCAUCCCCACGGUGAAGCGGAAAGUAAAGUCAUACCUGUCAGAGACACUUCACUCACUCAUCGAUAAACUCUCGGCGGAGGAGAAGCUCGACUGCGUCAUUAUAGUGUUCGUAGGAGAGACGGACAUAGAUUACGUAAACAGUGUGGUUGCAGGCCUUGAAAAAGAGUUCUACACAGAGCUGAAUUCUGGGUUACUGGAGGUCAUAUCUCCCCCUGCCAGCUACUAUCCAGACCUCAUCAACCUGAAAGAGACCUUUGGUGACUCAAAGGAGAGGGUCAAAUGGAGGACCAAGCAGAACUUGGACUAUUCCUUUCUAAUGAUGUAUGCUGUGAACAAAGGGGUCUAUUAUGUCCAGUUAGAGGACGACAUCGUUGCCAAGCCCAACUAUUUUGCCACCAUGAAAAACUUUGCCCUACAACUCGCCACUGAGGACUGGAUGAUUCUCGAGUUUUCACAGCUGGGCUUUAUUGGUAAGAUGUUCCAAGCCCCAGAUCUAAAUCUUAUUGUGGAGUUUAUCUUCAUGUUUUAUAAGGAAAAGCCCAUUGAUUGGCUGCUGGAUCACAUACUCUGGGUCAAAGUAUGCAACCCAGAGAAAGAUGCCAAACACUGUGAGAGGCAGAAGUCGAGUCUACGCAUUCGUUUCAGGCCCUCUUUGUUUCAGCACGUAGGCCUGCACUCCUCCCUUGCUGGGAAAAUCCAGAAACUCACGGAUAAAGAUUUCCUGAAACCUCUGCUGCAUAAGAUUCACGUGAACCCGCCAGCGGAGGUGUCCACCUCUCUUAAAGUGUAUCAAGGUCAUACACUUGAGAAAACCUACUUGGGCGAAGACUUCUUCUGGGCCAUUACUCCAAUGGCUGGAGACUACGUCCUGUUCAAGUUUGAUCGGCCCGUCAACAUAGAAAGGUUCCUCUUUCGCAGUGGAAACCAGGAGCACCCAGGAGAUAAAAUCGAGAACGCUACCGUCGAGAUCCUGCCCUUUUCGGACACUGAAUUGAAGACCAAGGAGAAAUACAAACGAACAGAGGACCGCUUCUAUAAACUUGCUCAGUUUGAGAAAGGAGUGGCGGAGGGGACGGUUGACCCUGUGUUUAACCCUGUGGUGGCCGUUCGUCUGGCGGUCCAGAAGGACUCCGCCGUGUGGGCAAUUAUUAGCGAGAUCCAUAUCAAGAGGAUACCUGGGUAACUACUGUAUGUCUGCAGUGGACGAGACCUUCUGGUCAGGACCUUCAAGACAGGGUUGUGCUGCUCGCAUCUACAGCGGAUCAAGAGUGACCCUCACAUUAUCAGAGAGCGUGAAGGAGUUCUUCACCUGUUAAACUUGACUUUUUAGUCUUUUUCUUUUUGUCAUUUCAUCUUCCUCUGGUAGAUUUGCCAGUUUCUCUUCUCUUCUACUUGCCUUUGCCUCUGUCGUCAGACUUUGAGUUACCUUUUCCUGUUCCCUGAAUUCUGUUGUGUGAAUGUGACUACUACUGUACAGAAAAAAACAACAACACUUUGACAAUGUUUUCAGACAUUAAAUUUGUGUUGUGGAGGAUUGCAAUCAUCGCUGUCAUUAAGGUUUGAGGUUCAGGAACCAAGGCUGCACCAAUGCUGGAGAAUACGUCCCCUCCUGAUGAAGAUUGUCCUCAGCGCUCUGCCGUCAAGGACUGUAACUGACCCGGGGUCAGAUAAACACGGCUGGAUUUCAGCUGAGGGAUGAACGAGUGGGACGACAGAAGUUUUUGUUUCAAAGUACUUUCUUUUUUUUUUUUUUAGGUUUUAGGCUGUUGAUUUUUGAAACUCUUUUAAGAACAUUUCGAGACCAGUUUAUUAUUUUAUUGACUGCUUUGCCGAAAUUUAAAAAUCAUAUUUCUAUAAACAAACAGCAUAUCUUUGGGCCUUUACUUGGUCAACAGAAGUGGCUUUUCUUCCUCUGUGUUGGUUUAGGGUCAACGAAUGAGUCAUGGUUUUCAAUCUGAAGGUUUUUAAUUGCUGUUGUUGUUAUUAUUAUUAUGACGAUCUAUGAAAGUGAAUUAAUUUAUUUGAAAUAAAUCUUUAAUUUGUACAAAAGGUAAAUGCUCAUAUCUUAUAUUCUUUGGAAGUGUAUGAUGUGGCAGAGAGUUUAUUGUGGCUUAAAGUCGAGUGAUGGUUGAUGUUUGUAUCAUCUUUGUGUAGUUGAGAAGGGUGCAGGGCCGCCCACCUCUGUGCCUUAACAUCCAGCGUCCCAGGACUGCCUUGCGCCCCUGUGACAAUACGCUUACAUCAUCAACAGAACAGCUUGUUCGUUGCUUGAUUUAAGUGAGACAUUCAAGAGCAUGGCAUGUCCAUUUUUAUGUUCCCGAGUCUUUCAUGUCAUUCAUUGAGCAUUUUCCAUCUCAAAUAAUCUGCUUUCAUCAUGUUAGUCAGAAAACGUGCUCCUUUCUAUGCUGUAUCACAAGUAUCUGAAUGUUCAGUGAGUCAUGAUUAAGUCCAGAUGGAAUCUGCAGAUUUUGUUUCUGCACAGAAUGAAUUUAAAUGUGGUGAAAUGAUUAAUGAAGCUACUACAUUUUAAUAGUAGCUGAAAGCACAAUCUACAGAGUCCCUACAGAGACAAGGAAAUAAAAUGAGUCGAUUUUUCAAAGAUCUUGCUUCCCUCAAAGUGUUUGCAUUUCACCAAGAAACUUUGUUCUUUCAGAAAUGUUUUGUGUUCCCUGACAAACUUUGGGUUAAGCCAAGAGUUUUUAGCAAAAAUAAAUAGAAGAAACCUGAAGUAAUUCAGCCAUACAUUUUUCUUGCCAUGAAAAUAGCCACAAAGUUUGUUCGUGUUUAAUAUCACACCAGCUUCUGUGUUUGCUCGCAAUACGUUUGUGAUGGAAAUAUAAGGUAGAACCACAAAUUAUAUUUGCGAGAGAAGGCAAAAGUUUUACUAGAUAUUGAAAAGGUUUUGCAAGCGAAUGCAAAGUUUCUUGGGGGAAUCGCAUCACUUUUUGCGAAUAGAAUUUUUGCGAGAGCUAUGCAAAGUUCCUCGGGGGAGUGUAGUACUUUUGCAUGUAAACGUAGAAGUUUUGCGAGCGAUGCAAUGUUUCUUGAAGAAACGCAAUACUUUUGCAAUUGCUUCCAAAAUUUUGUGAUUAAAAUAUGAGGUAGGGAAAAGAACGGUUUCAUAAAUCUUUGUGAGAAAACAUUUUGCGAGCCAAUGCAAAGUUUCUUGGGGAAACGCAGUACUAUUAACAAGUGAACGUAAAGGUAUUGUGAACAAAAAAAAAAAAAAAAAUCCUUUAAGUAAACACUAAAGUUUUGCAAAUGAACACUGAGUUUCUU